UGGGCGUGUCCAGGGAGAGGCUUGUACAGGUACAGGUGAGACAGGUGGACCUCUCUCGCACCUCGCAAUCUGGACUCUACAUCAGCAGCACACACACCUCUUCAUACCGACAGCGAAACCCUGCCAAGCACAAUGAGUGCAGAUGGAAAAACGCCCCCUCCCUACAUCAUACCAGUAGACGGUGGUCAGGGGGAUGGAGUAAAGGUUUACCACCUCCACAGCCCAUUCACCCCUCCCAGCUUGCAGCAAAGCGCCACCUCAUUCGCACCAGUGUACACCAGCGGAGGAGGCGGAGGAGGCGGAGGAGGCGACCUAGGUUCAGGUCUUGACUCUGGAGAGGGCAAAAGGAAGUUUGUGAGCUAUGACACGGCACUGGGGAGUAAUCCCGGCAUGACGACCUGCGCUUCCUGCCAGCAGCAGGUCAUGACCAACGUCACCUACAAAGCAGGGACGUACGCCUGGCUGAUGUGCUUACUCUUCAUCUGCUGCGGGUUAGUCCUGUGUUGCUGCCUGAUUCCAUUCUUCAUGAAGAACUUCAAGGAUGCGUACCACACAUGCCCCCGCUGCAACAGAGUGCUGCACGUUGAAAAGAAGAAAUGCUGUAAAUGAUGAACAUGAGGGCAGACAUGGGCCCAUAGAGAUGUGCAGCAACAUUCUGUUACUAUCGUUUAUAUUGUGGGAUGGAGCUUAUUUCUAUGGAUGAGCCAUUGCAUUAGCCAUGGCAGAAUCAAACAUCAUAUUUUUUAGCAAAACAGACUUGGAGUGAUUGUGUUGUCAGAGGUUAAAUAUCGUGUGCUCACUUUUAAAGCUCUGGCAAGUUUUGGGAGACAUUUUAUUUUUGUCCCAUUCCAGCAGAAGAAAGCUUUCUCUAUUAUCAUACUCAGAAUUUUCUGCACACGUUAUGUUGCUAAAAUGAAGGCUUGUACAUAAACUUUAUCAAAUACUUAACGUUUCAUGGGAUUGUUCUUUUUUUAAAUUUAAAACAUAAAAGCUGUCCAUUUUAAGUGAAUGUCACAACACAAUAUUUUAUUAAACUAGAAGAUGUAACGUGUAAUAUUUGCUUGUCUGCAGUUAUUGCACAAAACAUUUGUGUCAGUGUUGUUUUGCAACACUCCAGAAUAAAAUAAGACAGAUGUGGCUUGUUUGUGUUAUAUUAAUAUGUUGUCAGCCAUGAAAUGACUCUUAUAAUUCUUAUAUGAAGGGAUGAAGGGAAAUCUGAGCAAGCAUGAAGUUGAAAAAAAAGCUUAUGUAACAGCAGUCGGCUGUAAAUGUAAUUUUGAAUUUUUGUUUAGCUCAUUUGAAUCUUUCCCCUUCAAACAAAGAUGUGUCAUCUGAAUGAAUUACAAUGCAAAGGACAAUGCAAAAUUAAAGCAAGGCUACACUAUGACGUGACGUCUUCAUUGGUGGCCACUGGUCAGUACGCUUGAAAUAAAUUGUUUGAAUAUUUAAACAUCUACAAGUAUAAAGAAAUUAGACAAUAUAUUUGUUUGUUUUUUUGUAGUUUGUUCAAUUAAAAAUCUUCCUGCUUCAUAAUAUAAUAACAUAAAAAAGACAGCAGGCCAAAUGUGGUUGUGAGGGAUGUGAUUCCUCCUCAUGUCCUCUCACAUUGUCGCCUGGAUGAAACUGAGAAUGCUUGGACUCUUAUGUACUAUUAAGUAUUUUAUAACAUUAUUUCUCUAAUAAAAGUAGACUAUCUAGACGACA